GAUAAGAGCGAGAGUAUGAACUUGAAAAGUUGUGAGGAAAAGUGCCUGAGGGAUUGUUCUUGUGUGGCGUAUACGAAUGCGGAUGAGGUCAAAGAAAGUGGGUGUUUGACAUGGCAUGCUGAUAUGGAAGACAUCAGAACAUUCGAAAAUGUGGGCCAAGAUUUGUAUGUGCGUGUGGAUGCAAAUGAAUUGGCUAGAUAUGAAAGGAAGCAUUAUGGUUCUCUUGGCAAGAAGGGGAUGAUGACCCUCAUAGUUAUUUCUAUUUGCUUGAUAACAUUCCUGGUCAUCUCUUUCUUAUGUUGGUUUGUAAUAAAGAACAGGAAUCAAGCAAAAAGAAUGCACGGAGAAUUUUUUUUUGACGGAGAAGACAAUUCCAAUUUAACUCUGUUUGACCUAAAGGACAUAAUUGAGGCAACAAACAAUUUCGCAGACGCUAAUAUGCUUGGAAAAGGUGGCUUUGGUUCAGUAUAUAAGGGUCUACUUAAAGAUGGAAUGGAAAUAGCAGUUAAGAGGUUAUCAAAGUAUUCUGGACAAGGCAUCAAAGAAUUCAGGAAUGAGGUUACUUUAAUUGCAAAGCUCCAACAUAGAAAUCUUGUAAGGAUCUUAGGUUGUUGCAUGGAUGGAGAAGAGAAGAUGUUGAUAUAUGAAUAUUUGCCAAACAAAAGCUUGGACUCCUUCAUAUUUGAUCAAGCGAAAAAAUUACAAUUAGAUUGGAGGAAAAGAUUUUACAUCAUUUGUGGAGUUGCAAGAGGAAUUUUAUACCUUCAUCAAGAUUCAAGAUUAAGAAUAAUUCACAGAGACCUAAAAGCUAGCAAUGUCUUGUUAGAUCUUGCAAUGAAUCCUAAAAUUGCAGAUUUUGGUAUGGCAAGAAUAUUUGGUGGUGACCAAACUGAAGCAAACACAAACUGUGUUGUUGGAACUUAUGGUUAUAUGUCGCCAGAAUAUGCAAUGGAAGGAAUUUUUUCAAUAAAAUCAGAUGCGUACAGUUUUGGAGUUUUACUUUUGGAGAUUGUUACUAACAGAAAGAAUAGUGGUUAUUAUGAUGACAUUACUUCUACUUUGGUUGGACAUAUUUGGAAUCUUUGGAGAGAAAGCAGAGCUAUGGAGAUUAUUGAUCCAUCGUUAAUAGGUGAUCCAUGCCUUGAACAUGAAGUUCUCAAAUGCAUUCAUGUUGGGCUUUUAUGUGUGCAAGAAUAUCCAACAGAUAGGCCUACCAUGUCAGAAGUUGUUUUCAUGUUGGAUAAUGACUCAACUCUUCCUCAUCCAAAGCAACCAGCAUUUCUUUUCAAGAAAACUAAUUGUGAUGAUUCAAAUCCGUCAAUCAGUGAAGGAGUUAAUUCAGUUAAUGAGAUGAGUACUACUGUGAUUGAAGCUCGCUGAAAAUCAUCACUCUCUUAUAAUUGGUAAUGCUCUUAUAAUGCUAUGAUAUACUUGUGAUGAAGUGAUGGAUAUAUUUUACGAUUUUUAAAACAUUGUGAAUGAUAAUAAUGCAUAUAUGUUUUUGCAUUGAA